AGGUUGGCACAGUAGGAACCAGCCGGCUCCUCUCACUGGCACUAUGACCCCAAGAAGGUUCCUCCUGUUCGCUUGCCUACUGGGUCUCAUUGCUGGAGCCACAUCAAAGCUGAGGCAUAUCCUGACCAUCCCAGUACAGCUGAGCAGUGGUGGGACACAGAAGGCAUGUUUUCACCUAGAUGGCAUUAAUGAAACAGCCAGCCUCCGUGGAGUCUUAGUGCACAAUGGAGUUGAAACCCCCAUCGUAGAAGAAACAGUUCAACCUCCUCGUUACUUUAUGUGCAAAGAGUUCCCAGUUCCGGCGGUGGAAUCAGAUACCCCCGUCGCUGUCACAUUCUCUGCCGCCAGUGGAGAAGAGAGAAUCAUGGAGCGUAAGACCGUGGUGAUCGUCCAGCGGGAGAAGAGCCAAAUUAUUACAUUCACUCAGUACGACAAACCGAUCUAUAAACCCGGGGAUAACGUGCAAUGGAGAUUGAUCACAUUGAAUUCCCUGCUGCGCCCACAAAACCAGACGUUCUCAACUGUUUACCUUCAGGAUCCUUCUGGGAGCCGCGUAGCCCAGUGGCUAGAUGUGGUUUCUCCGGGCGGUGUGGCACAAAUGUCCUUCCAGCUGAUCAGCGAUGCCACUCCGGGCACCUACAAUAUCAUUGCUGAGAGCACACCAGAGAAUAUUGCUCACAUGGAUUCUUUUAGAGUGGAAGAAUACAUACCGCCCAGAUUUAGCGUCUCUGUGGUUUCCCCUCGUACUUUAUCUGUAUUGGAUGAGAGUAUGAAAGUGAAUGUCUCGGCUGAAUACACAUAUGGGCAGCCCGUGCCGGGGAAUGUCACACUACAGAUUUGCAAACAAGUUUUCUCCUAUGGAAGAGCACAAAACUGCUUAAAAGACAAAACACAAAAAUGCUUGAACACAACUGGCCAGCUGGGCCCUGAUGGAAUAUACCAUGGUGAAAUUGAUCUGAGCCCUUUAAACAUAGGGCUUUCUGUCUUUGGGUCAUCCCUGAAUAUGAUCAUUGCAGUGGCUGAGGAAGGCUCAGGGGUUCAAGUAAGAGAAAACCGUUACAUUGGGAUCAGUAGCCAGCUUGCCAGUCUAACGCUUGACUACGAGUCUCUGCAGCAGCAUUACAAGCGGGGGAUCCCUUACACUGGCAAAGUGAGGUUAACGAAUGAGAAGGGCGAGCCUCUUGCUCAUGAAGAAGUCGAGCUGCAGGUUGAGGGAUUGAGGCCUAUUCAGAAAAUAAUCACAGACCAGGCUGGAGUGGCAGAGUUUCACAUUGAUACCUCCAGUUUUGUGAUGCCCAAUUUCACAUUCAAGGCCACUUAUCAGAAUCCAGCCCUGUGUUACUAUGCCCAGUGGGAAACCACUCCCUAUCCUUCUACUGAAUAUCAAGUGCUACGGUUCUACUCCAAGACUGGCAGCUUCUUGCACAUUAAUGGCCCCAAGGAGACACUGAGUUGUGGGAAGAGCUACAGCAUCAAUGUGCAGUAUAUUGUCGGCUGUGAUGCGGCGGGAGACAAAACUACCUUCUACUUCUUGGUGAUGUCCAAAGAAAAGAUCGUUCUCUCUGGGGCACAGGAUGUUGAUCUUACUACAUCUAAAAAUGGUUCCAUUUCUCUAAAUAUUGAUGUUACUUCCGAACUCACUCCCUCUGCACGAGUUAUAGUGUAUGGCGUAUUGGACUCCGAGCUCAUAGCGGAUUCUAUUAAUCUGUUUAUUGAAACCUGCUUCCAGCACCAGGUUUCCCUUAGCUUCUCAGAGGCUCAGGGCCCACCAGCCUCAAAUGUUGGCCUGCAGCUAUCAGCAGCUCCCGGGGCUACGUGUGGAGUUCGAGUCAUUGAUUACAGUCUCCUCUUGCUCAAUCCAUAUGAAAGAUUCUCGGCAGAUACAGUCUACAACUCCAUUCCACAUCUGUCACUCUAUGGCUACCAAGUUGGAGACUUUAAUUUGGAAGACUCAACGCCUCCCUGUGAGGAUCCUAACAAAGAAAUAUUUUAUAACGGGGAUUACUAUAAACCAAUAAGCAGCUAUUCAGAAGGAGACUCCUACGAAAUCUUUAAGCAACUGGGUCUGGUGGUUGGGACUGAAUACAGCCUGAGAAAACCAGUUGUCUGUGGGUAUGAGAUACCGGAGCACGUUGGACCUAUAUUUCCAAUAAGGAAAGUUGCCUUUGGUGGUAUGGCUCCUGUGCUAAUGGCUGACGCAUCUGGAAACAGAGAAAGCAUUGAAACGGUUCGGCAAGACUUCAAGGAGACCUUUGUGUGGAAAAUGGUGGUCGUUGACUCAGAAGGCAAAUUAACUUUGACCGAGAAGGUUCCAGACACUAUCACCGAGUGGAAAGGUUCCAUGUUUUGUCUUUCUGAUGAGCAAGGAAUUGGGAUAACUACACAAAUGGCCAACUUCACUUCAUUCCUGCCGUUCUUUGUGGAACCUUCAUUGCCUUUUUCCAUCAAUAGAGGAGAGACCAUGGUGCUGAGGGCAUUCGUGUCCAACUACUUGAAGAAAUGCAUUACGAUCCACGUAACACUGGGACAAUCUGCUGAUUUUGACGCUACGCCCCAGGACGUGCAACAGGAUAAAUGUAUCUGUGCUGGUGGAAGAGCUGUUUAUUCAUGGAAUGUAAAUGCCAAGUCUUUAGGUCAGAUCAGCUUUACCCUGUCUGCUGAGACAACUCACAUUGGAGACACUUGUGAUGGGCCCAACGACCCAUCCCAACAAUCCCGCAAGGAUACAGUGAUCAGAACUGUCUUGGUGGAGGCUGAAGGCAUCAGACGAGAAUUGACCUCCAGCAAUCUUGUCUGUGUGGAUGGUUCUAAUUCUGAAAUACCCAUCGGUAUUACUCCCCCAGAUAAUGUAGUCCCGGGCUCAGCUAAUGGCUACGUCAUUGCCCUAGGUGAUAUCAUUGGCCUCCCACUGCGUAAUCUGCAGAAUCUGCUCCAGUUGCCCUAUGGGUGUGGUGAACAGAACCUUGCCCGUUUGGCUCCCAUUUCAGAUGUUCUGGAUUAUCUGAACACCACAGCACAGCUCACUGAUGAGACUCUUCAGACUGGGAUUAGAUUCAUGAAUGAAGGUUAUUACCGGCAGUUGAGAUUUAAACUGUGGAAUGGAGCCUAUUCUACAUUUUGGGGCUGGGAUUCCCAUCCAAAUUCUUGGCUCACCGUUUCUACCUAUAUAACGCUGGAAAAAUGUAAGAAACGUAUUUUUAUUGAUCCACAAAUCCAGCAGCAAACGUUAAUUUACUUGCAAGAGAGGCAGAAGUUGGAAACCGGCUGCUUUGUGCCAGAGGGGCAUCCGUACAUAUACGAGAAUGAGAAAGAUGAGGAGGCAAUCAGCGUCCAGUUCACAGCUACCCUCGCUAUUGCUCUUCUGAAGUCUGACUACAGCCUUGGGAAGACAAUGCUGGAAGGGGCUAUGGCGUGCCUCAGAAAUGCCUCUACCAGGGGGCAGAAGAGGAUCAAUCAGGCCCUGAUGCUCUACGCCUUCACCUUAGCCGGGGAUGAGGACCGCAGGGCAACUCUACUGGCGACAGUGAAGCAAGAGGCUGUUUCUGAAGGAGGCACCUUGCACUGGGAGCAGGAAGGUACAACUGGAACGGGGUCAGUUCCUUUCUUUUACCCCCGUCGCCCAGCAGCGGAUGUGAGAAUCACUUCCUACAUCCUUCUUUGUAUGGCCAAGGCUUCCACUGUCACCCAGGAUGACCUUACCUACAUGGCUCAAAUAGCAAUUUGGCUUGUCCGCCAGAUGAACGCAUAUGGAGGCCUCAGGUCAACUGAGGACACAGUGGUGGCAAUAGAGGCUCUCACCGCCUAUGGUCUUCUGAUAUUUAAACCUAACGCCAAUCACAAUGUGGUCAUCAAGAGCGGAAAUGGACAAGUUGGACAACUGACACUGAAUCAAACUAACAGGCUCUUAGUACAGAGACAGCCACUCCCCGCAGUCCCUGGGCAAUAUGCCAUUGAUGUCAGUGGCACAGGAUGCUGUUUGGUGCAGAGUACUGUGCAAUUCCAAACAUACCCGGUGCCAAAAGACAUUCCUGCUUUCUCUGUGCCUGUAACAUCCUCCGGAAACUGCCUGAAUGGAGUCGUUGUUAUUGGUCUCACCGUCACCCUAAGUUACCAAGGCAACCAGAAUUCAAGCCGCAUGGCGAUCGUUGACAUUAAACUGUUUUCAGGGUACCAGGUGGAUUACAUGUCCCUUAAUCAGCUGGAGAAUGAAAAAUUGAUUUCCAGAUAUGAACUGAAGAACAAUCAUGUUUUCCUGUAUUUAAGCUCUGUUUCCAGCAAGACAGUUGAGCUCCCUUUGAAGAUGGAGAUGGGUAACCGGGUGCUGAAUGUGGCGCCCAGCUCGGUUUAUGCUUACGACUAUUACGACACAGAUCAAAAUGGCUAUGCGGCAUACAGUCACCCCUGCUCAGGGGGGCAAUAAAGAAAUAUUGCUGCCCCCCCCCCCCAUGUGUGAACAGAUGUAAUUCCCAACCUCACACUCCUUGUGCUCAACAAUUCCCAUCUGAUUUGUCUUUAUACCCAUGGAGAAUGAGGCUACUCCCGGCCCGGCCUAUAAGGAAGCAUUACAUUUCCUGCUUUUUAUAUCAGUUAUUCCCAUUGGCUCAUCUCCCAUUCCUUUGCCUUUAACUAGCACUCUUUAUAUACACGGGCUGAGCCAAAGUGCACUGAGACCUCUGCAGAACCAGGUUUACUCCUAUGGGUUCCUGUUCUUUACAUCACAAUUCACUAAGUAUUUUGGGGAUACUCCCUUUGUACUCGGCCCUGUCGGCUGCUCCACUUCUGGUUGUGUAAACAUCUUAAUUAAACAGAUAAUAAAGUCAUGUUCACACCCA